GGGCGCCGCGGCGGAGGGGUCGCCGCUCUAGCCGCGGGCGGUCCGGGCUCGGUGGAUCCAUGUUCGGCGAGGAGCCCCCCUGGUCCGAUGAGGAGGAGGAGGAGGAGGAGGGUCCCGCGCCCCCCUUGGGCCGGCCGGGACGGGAAGCCCCCCGCCCGAGGGACCCGGGACCAACGCCCUCCAAGCCCCACAGGGGCCGCAGAGAGCGGAGGCUCCUGGCCGUGCUUCAGAAGCUGGAGGCCGCGGCCCUGCCCCGCCAGCCGUCCCCGGGCCCGCCCUGUGGCUCCGAGGGCGCUGACUCCGACGACUCCUCCGGGGAGGAGGCCCGGGCCAGAAAGAGGAAACCCAAGAAGAAAAGGCCGAACCUAGGGGCCGGGCCCCCAGACCUCCCUUCCCCGGAGGCCAGCAAGAAACGGAGACGAAAACAAGGCGCCCCAGCCCCUGUAGAGGAAGCCCCCACCCCAGGCGUCCCUGGCGCCACGGGAAGCCGAGAGCCUAAGGAGGGGGCGGCUGGGCCUCAGCCCCCCGACCGCCCGCUUAGCCGGAAACAGUGGCGGAACCGUCAGAAGAACAAGAAGAGGAACAAGAACAAGUUCCAGCCCCCGGGGAGACCGCCCACGGACGCCGCAUCCGGCCCGGCCCUCGAGACCCCCCCGGCCCCCGAGGAGCCGGGCUCGGAGUCCGAGUCCCGGGCGGACGCCCUGAGGGCCCGGAUGGAGCGGCGGCUGGAAGGGGCCAGGUUCCGCUGCCUCAACGAGCAACUGUACACGGGCCCCAGCUCCGCCGCCCGCCGCCUCUUCCAGGACGACCCCGACGCCUUCCAGAUCUACCACCGAGGCUUCCAGGCCCAGCUCCGGCGCUGGCCCCUGCGGCCCGUGGAGGCCAUCGUCCGAAACCUGCGCCGCCGGUCCGCGUCCCUCGUGGUGGCCGACUUCGGCUGUGGAGAUUGCCAGCUGGCCUCCAGCAUCCGCAACCCCGUGCACUGCUUCGACCUGGCGGCGCUGGACCCCCGCGUCGUCGUCUGUGACAUGGCCAAGGUGCCCCUGGAGGAUGCCUCCGUGGACGUCGCCGUCUUUUGCCUGUCGCUGAUGGGAACCAACAUAAGGGACUUCCUGGAGGAGGCCAACCGCGUGCUGAAGCCGGGGGGGCUGCUAAAAGUGGCCGAGGUGGCUAGCCGCUUUGAGGACGUGCGGGCUUUCCUGGGCUCCCUGGCCCAACUCGGCUUUAAGAGCGUCUCCAAGGACCUGACCAACAGCCACUUCUACCUCUUCGAUUUCCGCAAGACUGGCCCCCCUCAGGCCAAGGGGCGGCUGCCGGGCCUGGCUCUGCGGCCCUGCGUCUACAAGCGCCGAUAACCCGUCCCACGCCGUCCCCCCCGGGGGUGCGAGAGAAUGUCUGAGCAGGUCAGGUGCGCGUCAAGAACGCAAGCAGAGGCCCGUAGAGGCCGGGAGCUGCAGCUCGGGCCAAACGGCCACGGACGCCCCGCCCCGCCACGACCCACCACCCAAGGCUUCUGGAAAACGGGACUUGGAGCACAAGGCCGCCUACGGAUCUGCCGUAGAAAAGGAGGAGGAGAGGAGCGGAGCCCCCUCCCUCCCUCCCUCUCUUUUCCUAAAACGAGGAUCAGCGCUCCACAGGACAGGCGUGUCGGUGGCAGGGCAGGGUGGAGGAUGGGAAGAUAGGGCGAGGGGUCGGUCAGGGUC